CGGAGCCGCCGAGUGCUGCCCGGCUCGGCGCUGCUUUCUCGGUGACGCCCAGCGGCGCCACGGACUCGUCUCCCCGACCGAGGCGAGAGAGUCACCGCUUGCAAACCCAGCUGUUUGGCAGGACGAAAGAGAGACAAACUAAACGCCAAGAACCCCCAGCCUCUGCUCCUGCCUGGUUUUAUUUUAUUUUAGCUUCUGUAAUUAUUUCGGGGGAAAAUAACAAAAAAAUACAUACCCGUGUUUUUAGCAAUUCGUGCUGCAUGUGCAGUUGUUUCCAGCACACGCUUGGUAAACAAAGGAAAAGGGGGAGGGGGCCCGCAUUUCGCAGAAGACAUGCGUUCUGUCAAGAAGCGGUGGACUGUGUGCACCAUAAGUCUCCUCCUCAUCUUCUAUAAGACGAAAGAAAUAACGCGGACUGAGGAACGACAGGAGGCACCUCUUGCCGGAGAUGGUGAACUGAGUUUGCGUAGAUCAAUGAUCAAUAGCUCUGAUAAGAUAAUUCCAAAGGGUGACUCAUCAAUCUUCCAACAUGCUGCAGAAGGUUGGAAAAUCAAUUCUUCUUUGGUAAUGGAAAUAAGGAAGAACAUUCUUCAGUUCUUGGAUGCUGAAAGAGAUGUCUCAGUCGUCAAAAGCAACUUCAAGCCAGGAGAUGUAAUUCAUUAUGUGCUGGACAGACGUCGCACUCUAAACGUUUCUCAGGAUUUGCACAGCCUUCUCCCUGAAGUUUCCCCAAUGAAAAAUCGCCGAUUUAAAACCUGUGCAGUUGUUGGGAAUUCUGGCAUCCUUCUGAAGAGUAGUUGCGGAAAAGAGAUUGAUAGCCAUGACUUUGUAAUAAGGUGCAAUCUAGCUCCUGUGGUGGAGUUUGCUGCCGAUGUGGGAACUAAAUCUGAUUUUAUUACCAUGAACCCAUCAGUUGUACAAAGAGCAUUUGGAGGCUUUCGGAAUGAGAGUGACAGAGAAAAAUUUGUCCGUAGACUAUCCAUGCUGAAUGACAGUGUCCUUUGGAUCCCAGCUUUCAUGGUCAAAGGUGGAGAGAAGCAUGUAGAGUGGGUUAAUGCAUUAAUCCUUAAGAAUAAAUUGAAAGUGCGAACCGCCUAUCCAUCACUGAGACUUAUUCAUGCUGUCAGAGGCUAUUGGCUGACAAACAAGGUCCACAUUAAACGACCCAGCACUGGUCUCCUCAUGUAUACACUUGCCACCAGAUUUUGUGAUGAAAUUCACCUGUACGGAUUUUGGCCAUUCCCAAAGGAUUUACAUGGAAAACCAGUCAAGUAUCACUAUUAUGAUGAUCUGAAGUAUCGGUACUUUUCUAAUGCCAGUCCUCAUAGGAUGCCAUUAGAGUUUAAAACAUUGUAUGUGUUACACAAUAGAGGAGCACUUAAAUUAACAACAGGGAAAUGCAUACAGCAAUAAAGCACAUGUAUAGUACAAUAAAUACAGAAUACACACCUCAUCAUAAAGAUGUUGUGGAGUGGCAAUGGGACCACCAUGGGGAUUUGUUUCAAUGCCCAUUAAGUCAUUGGAAAAAGAUAUUAUAUCAGAAGUACGUAACCAGCUAUUAUACCUGUAAAGUGCUAUAUAAUUAAGCUAUCUUGACUGCAAAGAUUCAAGUAAGUGCCACUUUCACUAAGAACAAAGCUUGAAUGUAUACUCACUAGUGUUUACAGAAUGCAGUGACACAUUCAUCAUGAAUUAAAGAAGAAAAAGAGCCUGCCAAUUUGCAACUGUGAUCAGACAGCCCACAUAGGAGUACCCAGUGGAUGGAAUAUUUACUUGAGUAAAUAAAUUAGGCUUUGGCGGAAAGUAUCAUGAUGGAUUUCAGUAGAGAAAGUGAAGUCUGUAAGGUCAAACAAAUCAGUAAAUGCCUUCAGUCAGAGAACUGUUUCUGAUAUUGUAUAAUAACCUCAGCUUUGGUUGCUGUUUUUCAUAUUGACAUUGGUUGCGUUUUGUUGCUUUUAAGUUUUUGGAGCCUUACAAGGUUUCAAGGAUGUUAUGGGUAAUUAAAUUUUUUAUCUUACAGAAUUGUCUUCAGGAAAAAAGAUUUGUAAGUGUGGGAGGGUGGAGGGAAACAUCAAGUAUUUUAUCAAAUGUUAUUUUGUUGUAUCCUGCUGUCACACAAUCCUUAACAUUCCAAUUGUUUUUCAGCUACUGUUGUCAGUACUCAUUACAUGAAACCACGCAGAUAUAAUUUUGAUCUGACUUAAAGAGAAGUUUUUCUCUCCUGUACAGAUUUGAAUACCUA